AUGCAGAACUACGGACAAGCACCGGGCUACCAACAGCCAGGAAGCGCGACGGGCUUCGCAGGCCAGCAGAGCGCGCCCCCGCCAGUACCGCCGCCCCCGCCGGGCUAUGGAGCUUCGCAAGGAUACCAGUCUGUUGCUCCCCAACCGCACGGUCAAUGGACUCCGUCCACGCCCACGCCAACUCAGACGUCGAGCCCAUGGAACCAAUCGCAGCCGCAGACUAUGGGGGGAUACAAUCCGGGUACAUAUGGGACGAUAUCAGGCCCACAGCGGCAGUCGUACGCUCAGCAACAAGAUGUGCCUCCCCCUCCUCCCCCGAAACCAUACGGCUUUGCGGCGGCAAUGCAACGACAAGAGCAGCAGCAGCAGCAGCAAAAUUGGGCCCAGCAGCCUCAGCAGCAUGCCAACUUCACACCUCAGCCCCAACAAGGAGGAUACAACAAUCAGGGCCCUCUACAGCAGACAUACCCCUAUGUAGCUCCUCCGCCACCGCAUGCGGGAAGACCAAGUUCGAUAUAUGGUACAAUUCAGACACCCUCAACCCCAAAUGCUCCACCCGUGGCUUCUCAGCAAGCCCAUGCAAAUGUCAUUCCAAACGAACAGCCGUCAUCAUAUGCCCCUCAAUCUAUGCAUGGAACAGGCGCACAAGAGUACAUGUCACCUAAUGCGAAUCUAGCAAAUAGUAUUCAUGGCCCUCCUCCGCCGAAUGCCCCAACAUGGCAGCAGGCACAACAACAACCGCUCCAGGGAGACACAAACCAAUUCACUUACACGAGGCCGGCUGUUGAUCAGAAUCCUUAUGUUCAGGGAAACCAGAGUACGCAGCCUUCCUAUCAAGCAGGGCAGCCUCCACCGCUUCCGCCGCGCGUUGGACAGCAGACGGGACAAGCUGCGCAAAACCAGCAACCCCAGUACCAUCACUACGGACAUCAAGCACAGACACCUGUACAAUCGCAACAAACACCAACUCAGUUCCCACCACAGCAGCAUGGCUACCAACAGCAACCAUAUCAAGGCCAAACCGUCCCUCCUGGCCAGCAGCAGCAACAGUCAUUUGCGCAGACACAGCAUCCGCCAAGUCAAUAUCAUCAGCAAUCACACCCGCCGACGUAUGGACAAACUUCUUAUGACCAGCAGGCCAAUUCCUUUCCACAGCAAACACAGCCUCAAAAUCAGUGGCAAGCCCCGCCGCCUCCAGAUCAAGCUUACAACCAUCACAUUGCACAAACAUCUUAUGAAACUCCACAAACACCACAGCCAACCCAAGCUCCAAAUCUCAACCAGCAGUAUUCUCAUGUGCCAAACCAAGCCGCUCAGGAGCCCAAUUUAUCUAACCAAAUUAAUCUUGCCUCAUCAAGCCCCUAUGAAUCACGUCCAAACAGUCAGCCAGUAUCUCCAAUAUCCAAUCGGCCCAGUCUCAGCUACCCCCCUGGGCAAAAUCCGCGCUUCAGCCGUGCCGACUCGAUAAAUUCCGUUGCUUUCGCCAAAUAUUGUGCCCAACGUGCCGAAAACAAAACAGCGUCUCCAAAACCUACCAUACAAAAAUUUUCAACGCCGCCUCCACUACGUGACGACAAAUCAACAUUCAGUGCAUUGGCUGCUGGCGGCCCUUCGGACUGGGAGCACUUGGGUGGCAGUGAGGAGAUUGACGACGAAGACCUUUUUCGUACAAAGCCGGAGAGAAAAGGGACUGAGAUUGCCCAGCCAGAUAGCAUUGAACUGCCAGCCCACGUUCCAUCCCCUCCGUCAACACACGGCUUCCCAAGUCCUGCAAUAUACCCCACACACCCAGGAUCAAGUGAUUCAGUAGACAGAUACAUGCCUACACCUCCUUCCGUCGUGGCACAUUCUAGCGAACGGCGUUCGUCAAGUUCCACACCUGAGGGGUUCGUCGUAGAAGAUGCGAUCGUGGCGCCCUUGAGAACUACCCCUAAGCCCACAGAGGGUACACGGCAUCCUCGAGAUCAGCUCGCAGGAGCAUCGUCGCCCUCAAAUCAGCGUACCUCAGCUCAAUCAAAAUUCUUCUACGAAUCGCAAACAGGUGGUAUGGCGGGCUCUGUUACUCCCGCUUAUGCUGCCGAACUCAAGGCAAAAGACGAACUCAUUGAUCAAUUGAGGGGAGAGUUACAACAGCAGAUUGAUCAACGCCGCACCGAGUCUGAGGUCUUCAAGGCUGAAAGAGAGAAAUUCGAAUCUGAAUUCGAGGCCGCGAAUAGCCACGCGGCGGGUGAGAGGGAUGUUCUGUUAGCGCAACUUGAGAACAUGAGGUUGACAGCAGACCAAGCUAGUGCUAAUUCCGAGGCCGUGGUCAAAGAGAAAGGUCUCACUAUCGACAGACUGAAAGAAGAUAUGGAAGGGAAGGAGAAUAACCUCGAAGAGCGCGACAACACUAUUGCCGAGCUGAGACGCCAACUCGAAGACGAAAAGACGAAGGAGCUGCCGAAGCCAACUGCAGCAGAUCUCAUUCCAGACCUUGAUCCGUGGUAUGUAGGCUCGUUAGAAAGGUACAUUGCUAUGCUUCGUGGCGAGGCAAUGGAGCCACAGGUCCAGGAAAAGAUUAAGAUAUUCAAGACUUUUGUGAAAGCGGAGGCGGGCUUCAGAGGAAUCCCACUUUUCGACGCUCCGCCUCAAGUUUCAGCAGUCGAACCGGUUGCUUCGAUACAUCCUGAGCAAGAUUCGGAAUCUCACAAUAACUCCAAUAGCUCUGGUGCAAAACGGGAUCUGAAAGUGCAAGUUCUGCCGGACGUGGCGCAACAUGAUGACUAUGAUUACAGUCCAGGUGGAAGGCCCAUCAUAUCGCGGAAACCAACAUUACCUCUCAUGGAUAUUACGCAGAUGCAGCCCCAAACUGCGCCUUCUGUGCAAUCUACCACUAUUCUGACCCCAACGAGCUCAAUCGAUGAUGACAUGAACAAAACACCGAUUCAGUCUCAUCCUGAAGAACCAUUACAAUCACAAUAUAAAGCCUACGUGCCGCCGAACAGAAACCCUGAAGACCCCCCGCCCUUGCGACAUAGACAAACGAUGUCCUUCAUGAAUACACCAAGCGGAGCUUCGUCAUCAGGCCUUCACAAGGGUCAUGAUGAGAUCUUCUUUGGAGCGGGUGGGCCGGAUACUCAUGCACCUGUAAACAAUUCCCCCCAUAGUGAGAGCGACAACUCUAUUCCUCCGUUGAAUAUAAAAUCACAUGGCCCAACCUCAGUUGUACCUCCUCACGAAAAUGAUCCGAACAAAUACCUCGUCAGACUUCUGCCACGACAGCUUGAGAGUGAACCUAACCGUCAAAUACAGAAGCUCAGAGCCAGACUAUUAGAUGUAGGAAACGGGCUGGUCAAGAUGGAAGAGCUUACGGGUACAUGGGAAAAGACAACAUCUCUCACCCGGCGAAAAAACGAUGAUGCACGUCGAAAGCGCCAGGAAGAGAACGAGGAGCAUAACGACGACUUGUUCAACAAUGAUGAGAUCUCGUAUGCGGAAAUGAAACAAUUGGAAGAGGAAUUCAAGAAAAAGGAGGUAGAGCUCAAAACACAAGAGGUACAGGAGGAAUACAAGAGCUACAUGGAGACCGUGUUCAACCCAGUCUACAAUGGACUUCAGGCAGAAAUAAGGCAGCUGAUGGAUAUAUACGACGAGGCCCAGCAUUUCCUCCAAACGUCUGUGUCUGGCGUCAAGAGUCUCGAAGGUGGCGAUCCCCCCAGCACCGAAGACUGUCUCGAGUUCCUGAAAGACAUACACAAGCAAGCCGAAAAGCGACACGAAGGCAUCGUUCGCAUCGUCGCCGAACGCGACCGCCUCUACAAGAAAACUGAGAUCCAGCCCCUCUACGCCGCCGGCAAAAUCAGCGCAAUGAAAGACCUAGAGAAGCAUUUCGAAGCCGCAGAGAAACAGGCUGUUCUCAGCGCCAAGCGUGAAAAGGAAAGACGUAUUAGCCACCUCGUCAACUUUGUAGAAGACAUCGUUGUUGAUGCUCUGAGCACCGAACAUAACGAGAUCGACAACAUCCUCGCUGCUAUUAAGCGCCUAGACGACAGCACCAGUGACACAGAUACCCUUUCCCACGCCCAGUCUACCCUCGAAUCCCUCAAGCACUCUUCAAAGGCACUGCUUUCUCUCUUCAACGACCUCGAAAUCGAACUCAAUAGCGCCACCGCAGACGCUGCCAUCGCGCAGGCUGAAAGCGAUAAGCGCGGAUCGGAGCGGGUGCGCGAGUUGCAGGCUGAGAAGAAGGAGGCAGAGAAGAAGUUGGUGGAUGAGUAUACGAGGAGAGUAGGGGUGUUGGAAAGCGAUGAGGCGGCGAUUAAGGCGUUGGUUGAGAGUAAAAUGCACAAGGGAAACGGAGAUAAUGGAAAGGAAGAACGAUUGCGUAUGGCGCUUGAAGAGGCGAAGAGGAGGAAUGGACAUGCUUGA